AAGAACAACUGCACUUCGGUUCCAAAAAUAAAAGAUCGAAUACUUUCUUUUUUAAUUCAUGUAUUUGUGUACGCGUUACGCGAAAUAAUUGUAGUGUGUCUGUGUUUUGAUGGUUGAAAUGUAUUUUAUAUACGCGUAUUGUUUGUUAGCCUUAAGUGAUGUGUUUGUAUAUGGAGAUAGAACAAUAGGUGCAAUUAUUGAUGACGCCAGUUUUGUCACGGAAGCUGUUUUUCAUCUUGGAAUCCAAGCGGCAUCGGAUGAUGAAGAAAAUCCAUUUGUUGCAAACGUCAUAAAAACAUCUCCAGGUGAUUUAAUUGAAGCGGAGAACGCAGUGUGCACUCUCAUAGAGAGCAACGUUUUAGGAAUUCUCGGACCAAGCAGUGGAGGUACAUUAAAGCACGUUCAAGUUACAGCAGACUAUCUCGAAAUCCCACAAAUAAUUAGUGAGCCAGUGUCAUCGCAGAACAGGGAUUGGUCUGCAGUAAAUUUAUACCCGCAUCACAUGGCGUUCUCACAGGUUUUCGCAGAUAUUAUAGAAAUGAAAGGUUGGAACGAAUUCACAAUCAUAUACGAAGGCGCGGAGUUUUUGCCAUUUCUGGAUAAUAUUCUAAAUAUCGAGGACAUUGAUGCUGAUGAGCAUAUUCUAAUCAGUGUGAUUCAACUUCCAGAUGGAGAAGACUUUAGGUCACAGUUAAAAACAAUUAAAUCAUCAGGUUCGGUUAACUACUUAGUUAGCUGUAGUCUUAAAGUUUUGCCAUUAUUUUUGGAGCAAGCGCAACAGGUUGGAAUCAUGUCUGAUGACCACAGCUACAUCAUCACCAAUCCAGACUUCCAGACGCUUGAUAUUGAUCCGUAUAAGCAUGGGGGUUCUAAUAUAACAGGUAUACGUUUCUUCGAUCCUGAACUGGAAGACAUAAAGAAUUUUGUUACAAGUAUCAAUGAUAAAGUGAAGGAACUAUCUGAGAAUCAAAUUGAAACUGCAAUAGACGAAAAUGGUCUUUAUUUCAAUAUCGCUUUGGUAUAUGAUGCAAUUAUUUUAUAUACAUCAGCAAUUAAAUCAAUGGGCUUAAGUGAAGGUGCAAAUAUUACUUGCGAUGAUGAAGAGUCCUGGAAUUUUGGAUCUAGUAUUGUUAAUCACCUUAGGACUAUGGAGACAGAUGGUUUGACUGGCCCUAUUAAAUUUGACGAAGAUGGAUUUCGAUCUGAUUUUGAAAUUGACGUUCUCGAGGUUAUGUCGCAUGGACUGGAAAAGAUUGGCGCUUGGUCCUUAGAAGAUGGCUUUGUUGAAAUGAGAAAGAUAAUACCGGUUGUGGAAGAAGAUGCAACUGACUCUAUGAAGGGGAAACAUUUUAUAAUAUUAACAGCUUUGAGUGCUCCAUAUGGCAUGCUUAAAGAAUCAUCCAAAAAAUUGGAAGGUAAUGACCGUUAUGAAGGCUUUGGGAUUGAAAUUAUUGAAGAAUUAGCUAAAAUGAACGAGUUUAACUACACAUUUGAAAUACAAGAAGAUGGUGUCUACGGUUCAUUAGAUAGUAAAACACAAAAAUGGAAUGGAAUGAUGGAGAAGAUUAUUGAUGGUAGAGCUGAUUUUGCGAUAACUGACUUAACGAUUACGUCCGCUCGUCAAAAAGCAGUUGAUUUCACAAGUCCGUUUAUGAAUUUGGGGAUAACCAUUUUAUAUAAAAAGCCCACUAAACAGCCGCCAGACCUCUUUUCUUUUAUAUCGCCAUUUUCCUACCAGGUAUGGGGCUGGUUGGCCGGAGCAUAUGUCGGAGUAUCAGUCCUUCUCUUCAUAUUAGGAAGAUUAGCUCCAGAAGAAUGGCAAAACCCGUACCCAUGCAUUGCAGAACCUGAAACAUUAGAUAAUCAGUUUACUUUGGCGAAUUCGUUCUGGUUUACAUUAGGAAGUGUUCUGACGCAAGGAUCAGAAAUUGCCCCAAUCGCUGUAUCAACUCGUAUGGCUGGUAGUAUGUGGUGGUUCUUCACAUUGAUCAUGGUCUCAUCGUAUACUGCCAAUUUAGCUGCUUUCCUUACCGUGGAGUCAAAGUUUUACGCAAUCAAGAGUGUAAGUGACUUGGCGAAUAAUCCAUAUGAUAUUACAUAUGGAGCUAAGAAAGGCGGCGCAACAUUUGGAUUUUUUAAGGAGUCGGACAAUCUACUUUAUCAAAAGAUGUACUUAUACAUGGAAAGUCAUCCAGAAUUAAUGACUCAAACGAACGAUAUUGGCCUAGAAAGAGUUAAGAGCGAUAAAGAAAAGUACGCGUUUCUAAUGGAAUCCACGUCUAUUGAAUAUAUGGUGGAAAGAAAUUGUGAUGUGGCACAGGUUGGUGGUCUUCUGGAUAGCAAAGGAUAUGGCAUAGCUAUGAAAAAAAAUUCACCGUACAGACAACCUAUGAGUGAGUCAAUAUUGCAGCUGCAAGAGCAAGGCAAAAUAACCAGGAUGAAGGAUAAAUGGUGGAAGGAGAAACGAGGAGGUGGCGCUUGUGCGGAUGACGACGCAAGCAGCGGAGAUGCUCAGCCCCUCGUUCUGGCCAACGUGGGUGGAGUAUUUAUAGUGCUGGUUGCUGGUUCUGGUCUCGCAGUUAUUUGUGCGUUCAUCGAAAUGAUAUUUGAUGUUUGGAUGAUCUCAAGAAAGGAAAAGGUACCGUUUCUUGAAGAACUAAAAGCAGAACUACUAUUUAUAUUGAGCUUUAGUGGUGAUGUAAAACCAGUGCGCCACAGAGAAUCUUCAGGCUCUAAAGGUUCUAAAGAAUCUAAGGAGAAAGAAAGAGAAAUAGAUGAAGAGCUCCCUGGGGAUGAAGACGACAGACUCGACCCUGCACCGACACCACAUUCGGAACGAUCAAGUCAUUCUCGACACACGUCCCAUAGUAGACGGCAGAGUAAUGCUGUCCAAAUGGCAAAAAUGAGAAAAUUUACUUAGGGAUUAGUGCAUGUUACUAGAACAAGUACUCCCAAACUUCUUCGACAAAUAAAAUGUUUGAAAGACAUAGAAAAUUUAAAAUCUAGCUGCGUGGCAGAAAACUUUAAAUCUUUAGAUUAUCUAAGAGUUAUCUUUAAAUAGUCUUUUGAAUUUAAAAAUUAACAAAAAAACUUA